CCGAAGAACGGUCCCCAUCGUCCAGAUCGACGAACAGUCUGGGUAUACUCUAUCAGCCACGAUAGAGAUAUCUACGACCUCGAGAAAAAAGGACGAAGGGUGCGAAAGUCAAUCCUUUUUUCUUCUUCGUGCGACUCUGCGACUUUACGAAACUGCGAUUACCAAUGUGUCAAAUUGAAUGCAAGGCGAGGUUGAAGAAACGAGAAUGAGGACGAUCCUGCACGCGUAUUGCGACUUCUAUAUUGUGUACCUCGGCGAAUAAAAGACGCGUGAAGUAGACAUGUGGAAGUGUUGGGCCCUGUUUCUGUGUGUCGCAGGUUUAUCCUCGGCUGUUUUGGAGGCGCCAAACUUUGAUAUUAGUCCUUUGACUAAUCAAUCCAUAACGUUACGACAGCAUGAACCCGUGAGAAGAUUCGCAUGUCCCGUGGGAUUCUUUCGACUGAAACGAUUCUGUUAUUACCUCAGCGCCGGUACGGCACCAUGGAGAGAGGCGUACUUUCACUGCAAGGACAGAAAUGCCACUUUGGCAAUAUUGGACAGAAAUGGAAAGGACAAGAUGCUAAGGAAAUACCUAAUGGGAGAUCAAUUUACAAAAUUGGAGCGAUGGAUCGGAGGAAUUUUCAACUGGCAACAAAUGGCUUGGGAAUGGGGUGUAACAGGUGAAAAGAUGGUUUUCCAGAGUUUUGGAAAAAUGGAACCUGGAAGAUCUAAGAAGUACGCAUGGCAUUGUAUUAUAAUGGAUCCUGUUUUAAAAUAUAAGUGGAGUGCAAGGAGUUGUGUGGAACGGAAGUAUUAUAUAUGCGAAGUACCCGCCGGUCGUUUAGCAAGAAGACGCAAGAAAUCGCAAGACCCCUUUGCGCCGCAAAACCAAAGAUUAAAGCCUAGAAAAAAGGGCAAAAAGUACUUAGACGAACAGAGGAAACCAGGUGAAAGAAAGAAGAAUCGAUCAAAUUCGAGAAGAAAUUGGUUGGAUCAAGGAGAGAAUCAACAAUGGGCCCACGGUGUCAAACUAGGAUCGCGACCACCUUCUAAUGUGAAGGUGAUGCCUAGAGAGCGCACACGACAUCAUUCAAAUAGAACCCGUGUACAAUCAACUGUGCCAAGGGUAGCCCAAGUACUCCCACAAGGACGAGAAUAUGGCGCAUUUUUAGCCAACGGAUACCAUCAAUCCCAGAAUUUAGCGGAUAUGGACAACGUUCUUUCACAGUUUCAUAAUAAAAUAAACGACUUCGCGCGGGAAGAGAUUUUGUUAAAGCCGUGAAAGAAAAAAUUGAAUCAUUAUAUCAUAAUUAUAUUUAUAAUUGCAGCUUUGCUACUGCUCUGUUACAUAAUAUACGCAUCUAAGAGAAAAGCCAUUUGAAAGAUAAACUUUCACUACAACGACACUGUUGAACUGCCAACGUUAUUUUAUUAUAAUUUAUAUUAUUUAUGGCUGUUAUUGUAAAAAUUAAUUUUCCAAACCGUAAAAAGUUAGUAUAAUUAAAACUAAUCUCGAAAUAUAAAACUUCCUUCAAAUUCCUCUGUCCAAAUAUUGAAGUUUCUAAAUAGAAGCUCUAUUGAUGUACUAAUUAAUGAUCAGAAUAUUGUAGCCAUCGCAUUCGAUACUAUUACUGACAUCUAAAUAUUCUCGGUGUACUUAUCUAUAUUGUAACAUCAUUACUGAAAAUCAAUCAUCGUCUUUCUAUAUCUUCUUCUAGUUCAGUGAUUAUUCAGUGGUUUUUUGCUAAGCAAUAUCUUGCACAAUUAAUGAAUUGUAACGCUUGAAUGUUUCAUGUACCGAUUAAAAAUCUUACAUUGUCGAGGCUUGUUACUAUUUCGCGAGAUAAACGCGAAUUGAAUAAGGAAUUAUAACUAUCAUUCAGCAAUUAAUUAAAUUAUAUUAUAGCGCGAUAUUCAUUUACGCUAAUCAUAGUGCAUAGUUUUUAUAAAUGAAUUGCAGUCAGAUAGUUAAAAAGCAAAACAAAACUCUUUAUAAAAUAUCUU